CGACCCACGUCUGGCUCUGACGUGCCUGUUCGGACCUUGCACCGCCUACCAGUACAGACUGACAGGCCCCCAUGCUUGGUCAGGAGCGAGACAUGCCAUCAUGACACAGAUGGACAGGGUCAAAUUUCCUUUCUGCACCCGAAUCGUGAAUGAGAGGACAACAGCGCGGCCAACAUGUAGUAGU